AUGGCCUACACCGGCAUGCUCGACUACCUCGAGGACCUCUCUCCCCACGACCGUCUCUUUGUUCGGGCAUUGGACGUCACCUCUCGACGUGACUUUGACACCAGCGGCGGCAACCUCUUCCACAUCGACGUUGCCGAUCUGCCCUGUGUCGAGAACGUCCUUCUGAUUCAGUCUCUACUUGGCUCUCGCAUUACCGAUCUGUCCAUGACCGACGCUGGGUGGACCCCCCACAGUCUGGCCGACAUUCUCCAGACCUGCCUCUUGGCCACCCACCAUCUCAUACACUUCCAGAUUUCCCUUCAAAAGACUGAAUCCUACACCCUACCUGAUCUGUUUGAGUGUCUCCUUUACCUCUACCGACGCGACUCUGGCCGACUCAAAUCCCUGACCCUGGAUCUCUCCCAGUCACUUGCCGACGAUCAAUGGACCGCCAUGGCCGAAUGUGUCGAGCUCCAACACUUUCAUCUAGGCAUCCAUCGCAACUCAGAACCAGUCCUCCCCAAGAUCUUCAAGCUGGCCUUCCCCAAGUGGACCUCCCUCUCAUCCCUCUAUAUCUGCCAGCCUCGCUUUCUCUCCGCAGAGACCCUGCAAUGUCUCUACAAGAGCCUCCCUGCACCAGGACGAAUGCGGGAGUUACGUCUGAUCUUUGAAGCCUGCCAGGCGUCACAGUACGAGCAAGAGUUUAUCGAGAUGAUCCAUAUGAUGCCUAACCUGCAGAUCCUGGAGGCUCAUCUGGACUGGACCAACCGGAUGAUGGAGCAUGUGGCAUUGACGCUGUCGGACUUGCGGGAGCUCUCGAUUACUUGCUCGAGUAUCGAGUUUACAUGUGCUGGGAUUCAAUAUAUGGUCUGGGGUCAAGCACUGGAAAAGAUCAACAUGCGCACGUCGGGGAGGAUAUGGGGUGGCUUUCUAGAGGCCGUGAGGAAGCGGCCGAGACGCGUUAAGAUCUUGGUCUAUGGCGCCAUGAAAUGGGGAGGAUCGGUUGAUGAGUGGGAGUAG